AUGGAGAUGCUUGGUCAUUUUUCGAAAAGGUUGGGGUAUACAACUAUGGGUAACUGGUAUCAUAUGCCAACCGAAGAAAACUGUGGGUUGUCAAUGAUUCCAAUUCUGAAUGAUGAUUGUUUGGGAACUUUCAAGAUGAUCGUUAGGGCACACCAAUUUCGAGAGAUUGAGCAUCUGUAUGUUGAACAUAGGCAUGUAUUUGUUCCAAUCAAUUUCCCCCACUUUUUGAUGAAAUCACCAUCCAAAAGAGUUGAGAAGCUUAUUCAUCUGUUUGUAACAGAACACCCAAUGGCAACGGUUGAUGAUGGAAUAGCAUACAUCAGGCAUAUGCUAAACAUGACCAUUCCAAGAGAAAAAAUGGAAGAUGCAAUGGACAUGGCGAAGGAGAAUGUGAUAGCAUGGAAAAACAUAGUGUAG